AAGACGGAGCUCUGGACUGGGAUGUCUCUGACGGAAACCCCGCCGCGCUGCGGUCUCCGGGUCCUGAAGGAUUCGGUGUCGGAGCAGCUGACCCGGGUCGGAGAGGAGAUCCUGGUUCUGCUGGAGAAGCGGAUCUCCGGAGGCUCCGGAGCCUCCGCGGGCCGCCUGCUGCGGCUGCUGCUCAGCGAGAGUCUGGCGGCGGCGGCGGAGCGGAUCGUCGGGCUACUGGAGCGGGAGGUUGAGGAGUACCGGCGGCAGCUGGAGCGCCAGAACCGGCUGCUGGACGCGGUGCUGAACCCGGUGGUCCGACUGAACCGGACAGAUUCCAUCAGGAUGACGAGUGCUAACGAAAACCACCGCCCGCUAUCUGAAGUCGACCUCUUCCUCGUAGCACCGCUCAGCUCUGCCUCCUCGGACACCUCCGCAGCCGAGAGUGACGACGACUGGAGGGGCAGCGACAACUCUUCCACUAACGAAGACGGAGGGCAGCAGUCUGGUGGCCGGAGACACCAGGCGGCAUCGUCGGACCGGCCGGCUCACUGCUGCGCCAACUGUGGAAAAAGCUUCCGCCACAAAGGGAAUCUGGUGAAACAUGCAGAAACGCACUCGGACAACCCAGAGUGUCUCUGUGGAGUCUGCGGUGAACACUACGAGUCCUUCUUCGACCAUCUUCGGUCUCACAGAGAAACCAUCAGCGGCGGCGGAACGUGUGAGAUCUGCGGGAAGAUGUUUCAGAACAUGGAGACGCACAUGAGGAGUCACACCGGGGUGAAACCGUACAGCUGCGACGUCUGUAGCAAGAGCUUCCCCCGACCCGGAGCACUGAGGAGACACAAGAAGAUCCACUGCAGGAAGAUGGCCGAUGUGUGCCCGGUCUGUGGACUCACUUUCAUCCAGAACCAACUGCUCCAGGAUCACCUGAAGACCCACGAACAGGACGAAGGCGGUCAGUUAGAGACGCCAAAGACAGAUCGAGGGCUGAAGUCCUCCUCGCUGUGCUGUAGAGUCUGCGGCGAUUUAUUCCACAGCCGAGGGUUCCUAAGGAAACACGCCGAGAGCCACAGCAGGGAGUCUCAGAGCGUCUGCGGCGUCUGCGGACAGCAGCUGGACUCACCUGACCAUCUGCGGACUCACCUACAGGCUCACAGAGAGGCCAGUGGGACCUGCAACAUCUGUGGGAAGAGUUUCCAGAACAUGGAGACGCACAUGCGAAGCCACACAGGGAUCAAACCAUACCGCUGCGGCGUCUGCAACAAACGCUUCCCCCGACCUGGAGCACUGAGGCGCCACAGGAAGAUCCACGGUGGGGAGCGACCUUACGUCUGUCAGCACUGUGGGAAGACGUUCAUUGAGAGCAGCGCCUUAAAGACACACAGCAGGAGUCACUCGUGGGAGAUUGGCGGCGAUGAGGACGCAGAGCCUCUGCCGGACUCUCCGAGCCUGAAACCAGAGAAAACUGCAGAAGAGAACGUGAAGGUGUCGACUCACUGCUGUAAAGUCUGCGGCGAGUCUUUUCAGAGUAAAGGUAGUUUAAGGAAACACGCCAAGAGUCACUCAACAGAGUCCAUCUGCGGUGUCUGCGGCGAAGGUUUGCUGCCAUCAGAGACCCUGACAGACCACCUGCAGAAUCACAGAGACGCCGGUAAAAUCUGUCACAUCUGCGGUAAAACCUACCAGAACAUUGAGACUCAUAUGAGAAGUCACACCGGGGUCAAACCGUACCUCUGUGGCAUCUGCGGUAAAUCCUUCCCGAGGCCCGGCGCCCUGCGGCGCCACAAACGGAUCCACACCGGAGAGCGACCGUAUAUCUGCGAGUUCUGCGGAAAGACGUUUAUUGAUAAUGGCGCUCUGAUGACACACAUCAGGAACCACACCGGAGACAAGCCAGCUCAGCGCGUCUCCUGUGAGACUUGUGGUAAGAGUCUGGCGUCAGUCCAUGUCCUGGAGGUCCACAAGAGGAUCCACACGGGUGAGAAGCCGUUCCAGUGUCGCAUAUGCGGUAAAGCCUUCAGGCAGGUGGGAGGGCUGAACGCCCACAUGCUGACCCACACCGGGGAGAAGCCGUUCAGCUGCAGCCUCUGCAACAAGAGCUUCAGCACCAAAGGAUACCUGGAGACCCAUAUCCGCUUCCACAAGAAGGAGCGAGCGUUCAGCUGCCACCUGUGCUGGAAGGCCUUCGUCACCAAGAACGACCUGAAGAAACACCUGUUGACGCACACCGGAGAGAAACCCUACAGCUGCAGAGUGUGCGGAAAGAGCUACCAGGAGAAACGCUCCAGAGAUGUCCACAUGAAGGUGCACCUGGACGUCCGGAUCAGCAAAGAACCUAUCAGAAGGCAGGAUGGUGGUCUGCAGCAGGACUUUAUUCAGCUGUAGACUUUAGACCAGAGUUCAGACUUUAGACCAGAGUUCAGACUUUAGACCAGAGUUCAGACUUUAGACCAGAGUUCAGACUUCAGACCAGAGUUCAGACUGAAAUCUGAUGAUUCUCCAGUCAUCAGAGAUACAAAACUGUUUUUAAGUCGAGACCCAGGGGUGUCCUCAGAGGUUCAAAUACGAUUUCACCUUUCUUAUUUUUACAUUUCAAAAACACUAACACGUGGCAGGACGAACAGAAACUUGAAGGCGGCCGGCGUUGGGCAGCACUGACCAAGAAAUCUUCACAUUUGAGAAACUGGAAGCUGCAUUUGGAAUUUGCUGACUGAUGGAUUAAUGGACUGGUUACAGAGACGCAGCGUCACAGGCGCAGUGCUUCAAAAACAUCUUGGCAAACAGCUGAUUAUUAUUUUAUUAAUAAAUAUAAUUCAUUUCAAAGAGGUGAUAACUGAGUUUACUUUAUACCCGCUGCUCCGUUGCUCUCAGUCCAACUAGCUAACUAGCUAACCUAUUGACCUGCAUAGUAAACAGGAUGUGGUAAAGUAGUAAAGCAUGCUUCUUGAUUGAUUUGAUUGGCUGUCUGGGUUAGGUGUGACACUGAUGAGCCUUGUGACUCUACGCUGAGUUGAAAAUCUGAUUACUUACAUUACAUAAUGAAGUAUUAGUUCUGAUGUUCUCCGUAUCAAUAUAUCAAUCAAUGAGCUGUUUCCUGUUCAUUGAUCUGUUGAAAUGGUUUCCACCUCCAGCAGUUUGUGUCCAAUAUUCUCAAUAUUCAGCAGAAAGUGCUUUUAUUCUGAAAGGGACGCUGAGAAUGAACAUAAACCACUGAAACUCUGUAAAGUUAAUGAUAUUGAUAAUAAACACUUUAAGUAGCUCA